GAGGGCACAACCUAUUAAAAAAUUAGAAGCUACUUACAAGAAAUUUUUCACACGCUCGUUGAGAAAACAAAAAGCUACUACGGAAGAGGAUUCAACUGAAAAUCACUUACCAGUUAGAAGUUUUGGCACUCUCUUGUCCAAUAGAGAAGCCCGAAGGCAAAAUACAGAAAUUUCUGAUCUUGCAAGGAAGAAGUUGAAGGUUGAUAGGGCUCAUAAUGCUCCACUUUCCAUUUAUAAAGAUAGAAAUGAUUCUAUAGCCCACAGCCAUCAACCAUUAUCAAUGUCUGACAUGAGGACCUGGAACACACUUGGGACUCGAGCAGAAAGGAAUAAAGAAAAUGCAGCCAUCCCCACCAAGUGGGCAUCAAAUAAGAUUCCUCAAAGACCAGGGUCUAGCACUAGAGCAGCUGCAGCGAGUGCUUGUAUUGAGGUCUUUGUUGAUGAGGAAUGUGCAGAAUUACCAACAACAGCUAAACAGGAUGGGAAUCCCUCAACACUGCAUCUUAAACAGGGGGACAGUAGAGACAUUAAGAAUGAGACAGAGUUGCUGAAGGAAAACCCAUUACGCAAUUUCCCUCUAAGUAGUUUUCCUCGUUGAUUGGAAAACCCAUUAUUAUAUGGUUUAGCUUUACAUACGUUGAUCAGCUUUUGUCUCUUAAGCUUGAUUAUUGACAUACUUAACAAUUGGAUCCAUAAAUGCUGAUAGCUAUUGCAACCCUUAUUUUUAAUCAGAGAUGUGUUUCUAUUACCAAAUAAACAUGAUUUCCAUUUUCCUUA